AUGGUGGGCAGUGUGGCUCUGGUGUCCCAAGUAGCUGAGAAGCUGGGCCUCUUUCCUCCUGCCCAGCAAUCAGAUCCAGGGUUGGCGAGGUUAGCCGUGGGAAAUCUUCAACCCUGUGAUGCUCAGCCCUCUGAGCUGGACCUCAGAGUGCAGCUGCAUGUGGGACAGUGUGCGCUCCCACUUGCUCCACCACCCCCGCAGGAAGAGCAGACUGGAGGACAGGAAUCCAGUGUGCCAGGCCCCGUACCCACAGAAGCCCCUGUGCUAGGCACCCGUGGUCACCGUGUGCACCUCCCUCAGCCGGACACACGCAGCAAAGGAAGCAUCUUGCACCUGGGGCUCAGCUUUGAGGAGAUCGCAUCCAAGAAUGCCAGGGUGUUCCAGCUGGCCUUGUCCCACCUGAGUCUCAAGGAUGACAUCCUUCAGCCUGAGAAGAUGACCUACAGCAUCAAGGUCAUCGAGGCCAACAAGCAGUUCCAGGCCAUGCAGGAAACCAGCCUCGCACACUGUGCCCUGGUGUCUGAGGCUGGAUCUCCUCUGCUGGAGGAGCAGAAUACAGGGGCCCCUCCAGAGAGGAGUGGCAGGGAGAUUCCAGAGCUCCCCCUGGCAGAGUGCGCUGCUGCCCAGGCCUGUCCCCAGCAGGCUGCCAGCUGUGAGGAGAAAACAUCCAAGGAGGACCGGGUGUUCCAGCUGGCCUUGUCCUUCCUGAGUCUCAAGAGUGACAUCCUGCAGCCUGAGAAGAUGAUGUCAAGGUCAAGGUCAACGAGGCCAACAACCCGUUCUAGGCCAUGCAGGAAGGUGAGCCACUGCACAGCCUGGGGCCAGCAGAGCUGUGCCAGCUUUGAGGAGAAAGUAGCCAAGGAUGACAGGGUGUUCCCACUCAGGUGGGACAACCACCUGAGUCUCAAGGAUGGCAUCCUGCAGUGUGACAAGUUGGCCUACAGCAUCAAGGUCAUAGAGGCCAACAACCCAUUCCAGGCCAUGCAGGAAGGUCCUCCUGGCAGGCCUGCCUCAUUCUCAGGGAUCAGGGCUUUGGGCUCUCUCUGGCCCCCAUCCCUGGCCUGCCCGGCAUCCUGUGCCCUGGAGUCUGAGGCUGAAUCUGCUCUGUGUGAGGGGCUGAGGGCAGGGACCUAUCCAAAGCAGAGUGACAGGGAGAUGUGGAGGGCUCCCCCUAGCAAGAGACUACUGGUGUCCAGGGCUGCCCCCAAUGGGUGUGAAGGCAAGGUGGCGUGGUUCCCAUGGUGGGCAGUGUGGCUCUGGUGUCCCAAGGAGAUGAGGAGCUGGGCCUCUUUCCUCCUGCUCAGCAAUCAGUGCCAGGGACAUGAAGCCAAGCCUUGGAAACCGUGCAACCCUGCAGUGGGUGAGGUGGGGACUCCUCAGCUGUCCUGGUGCAGUGUCGGCUCCAGUGAGACCCACCUGUCCCCAGUGCAGGACAGAGGUGACAGAAACAGGGCCCAGUGCUGGCUGGAUGGCACCCCAGAGGCUCCUGGCACCAUCCUCCACUUCCAGAUGCUCAGCCACCUGGCUGGAGCUGAGAGUGCAGGGGGCUGUGGGACUGUCCCCACCCCCACUUCCUCUACCACCCCAUCAGGGAGAGGAGGACCAGGGCAGGAAUCCAGGGUAGGCAGCUAUGCACCCACUGUGGUCACCAAGUGUCCUAUCUUUGAGAUGAAUGUAGCCAAGGAUGACAGGGUGUUCCAGCUGGCCUUUUCCCACUUUAGUGUGAAUGAUGACAUCCUGCAGAGUGAGAUCACCUACUUCAUCAAGGUCAUCCAGGCCAACCAACCUGUUCCAGGUCAUGCAGGAAGAGGAGGUGACUCAGCUAUGGAUGAGGUCCAGAAGUCACCUACAAAAGCUGUGUAUAACGCCAGACAUUGGAACCAUCCAGAAUGAGAAGAACUACCUGGACCACCAGUAGUCAAACCUCAGAAUGUCACAGUGAUGCUGUCUUCAAAGGAACCAAAUCAAAAAGAUGAUGGAGUUUUUAAGGCUCCUGCACCACCACUCAAAGUGAUAAAAACUGUGACAACUACUCACACCUACCAAGAUAUAGUUACUGCACUUAAGUGCAGAAAAGAAGACAAAGAACUGUAUACUGUUGUUCAGCACGUGAAGCACUUAAAUGACGUUGUGGAAUUUGGUGAGAACCAAGAGUUCACUGAUGACAUUGAGAACUUGUUAAGUGGCUUAAGGAGCACUCAGCCUCUGAACACAUGUUGUCUUAGUGUUAGUAUCCUGGGUACCAAGUGUGCCAUGCCUAGUUUCCGAAUGCACCUACGAGCACAUGGAAUGGUUGCAAUGGUCUUCAAAACCUUGGAUGAUUCCCAGCACCACCAGAACCUGUCCCUCUGUUCAGCUGCCCUCAUGUACAUACUGAGUCGAGAUCGCUUCAACAUGGAUCUUGACAGAGCUAGCCAAGAUCUCAUGAUCCAACUCCUGAAGCUAGAACAGCAUGCUUCAUCAGCUAAGCUGCUGAAUGAGAAGGAUAUGAACAAAAUCAAGGAGAAAAUCUGGAGACUAUGUGAAACUGUACACAAUAAGCAUCUUGAUCUAGAAAACAUCUUGACUGGGCUUUUGGCGAUGGAGACACUGUUGUCCCUUUCUUCUAAACUAGCAUGAAACUGGUUUAAAGAAGAACUGCAGAUUUUGGGUGGUCUGGAUCACAACAUAGAUAAAGUCAAAGAGUGUGUGGAUCAUUUAAGUAGAGAUGAGGAUAAAGAAAAACUGGUAGCCCCGUUAUGGGGAGCAGAGAGAUGUUUAUGAGUUCUGGAAGGUGUAACGGUGCAUAAUCCAGAGAAUCAGAGCUACUUGAUAGCGUAUAAAGAUUCACAACUCAUUAUUUCAUCUGCUAAAGUGCUGCAGCACUGUGAAGAGCUCACCCAGCAGUACAAUCGCAAUGAGAGCAGCGUCUGGGUGGCCGACAGCAGGCCUUUGCCUCCCCAGACCAUGAGCAGCCAUGUGGGCAAGGCGGUGGAGGACCGCAUGCGGGCCAUUUUUGGGGUGCUGCUCAACCUCACCAAAGUCAAAGAAUGGGACAGCACCAAGACAGGGGAACAGGUCGGCCUCAUUGGCACAGAGCUGUGUUUGCAGGUCCCGAUGUACCUACCUCAGGAGCAGAGAGUUGACAUUCGGGUGCUGGGCUUGGGCCUGCUGAUAAAUCUGGUGGAGUACAGUGCUUGGAACUGGCACUGCCUGGUCAACAUGAAGAUGUCCUGUUCCUUUGAUUCUUCCUUCUACCUCGGAGAGGGGGACAGAGACCUAAGGGCUCCCUGGCAGGUUCAUGCUGUGCAAGCCCUCCUGCAGCUAUUCCUUGAGCAAGAGCGAGCAGCCCAGUUGGAAGAAAGCAAAACAGGUAAGUUGAUCAAAGACGCACCCACCCCUGAGCACGAUAAGGUCGGAGAGUGGCAGGAGACCAGCGGGGAGAUACAGUGGGUGUUGAUGGAAAACGCUGUUGGCAAGGAGGAGAAGCACAAGAAGGAGGAGGACGGCCAGGAGCUGGACCUCAACAAGGCUCUGCAGCACGCUGGCAAGCACGUGGAGGACUGCAUGGUGGCCUCCUACAUGUCACUGCUCCUCAGCUGCCCCUGCCAGGAAAGCCCCAUAAGUACGAUAAAUGUCACUACAGUGCGGGAGUACCUACCGGAAGGAGACUUCUCCAUAAUGACAGAGAUCCUGAAGAAGUUCCUGAGCUUCAUGAAUCUUACGUGUGCUGUCGGGACGACAGGCCAGAAGUCUAUCUCAGUGAUCGAGUAUUUGGAACACUGCUAGCUGCUUUACCUUUGCUUCAGGUGCUUGGGGAUGCAGGAGCUACCAUUAGGCAGAGGAACGUCACCAGGUGUCCUUGAAGAGCCAUCAGGAGCACUGGCAGGACCGAAUGGCCGCCUGAUUUCUUCCCAUACUCCGUGUCUGCUCAGUGACAGUUUCCAUGUCAGCCUGCAGCUGGCAGAGGCUCUGGCAGCUUGGUCUGCACAGUGCCACCGUGACUUCCUUCACUCCAGCAGGUUCAAGGGGAGCUCAUGCUGUGCUUCUGCUAGUGCGACUGCUGUGUGGAGCCGAUGGCACCACAGCAGGGCAGCAGCACCAGCAGGGCCCGGGGUUCUGAGCACCAGGCAGCAGCUUAGU